AUGAAGAAAGCCUAUUUGUGCCAUGAGCCAUACUCUGGCUAUGUCCUUUGGCUCAAAUUAUGGUGGACAAAUUGCAAUCCAAGAUUGAUAUGCAGCUGGUACUGCGAUACAGUCAGAGAGCUUGGCAGAACCAAGAACAAUGGUGUUGCCAAUAGCCACACCCUCUUGAGGCAUGCUCAUGAUCCAUACUUCGCAAACACUUUGCAGCACAAGUUCAAGUUUGUGCAUGGCAACAUCAAGCCAGAGAUCUUCUGGAGUCAGCUUAGGCAAUGUUGGACACCAGGGUUUGAAGAUAUUCUUGAUAUUGGGCUCAUAACGGGUAUUUAUGACCCUAGCAAUUCUCUCAAACGACUCAUAUUUCAGUACAUCUUCAUUCCAUGGAUCCAGCAAGAGUUGGAUUUAUUCUGA